CUUCUCUCGACAUGCGCCAAACGCCCAAACGCCUUUACACGACGUCGGCCCAGUUGCGCUGUGCUGCUUCUCCGCAAGUUCCGCCGCUCCUCUCCAUCGACAACGCCACCUUCUACCGCCAUCAUCCAGACGCCCAACCCGAUCCUGUCACCAACCCGCCGCUCUUCCCCGGCCUCUCCUUCAAUUGGCCCGCGCGCCAGAGGUACAAUGAACAUUGGGCCGUCCUGUCGCCCUCGACACUCGCCCGCACCGAAUUCCUGAAUAUCCUGCGCGGCCAGCGCCUCUGCUUGCCGCCACAGGCCCGCUCAUAUCCCUACCUCAACACUCCUCGGACCUCCAAAAGAAAACCCACGCCGCGCAAUGCUGCCGAUGCCAUUCAAUACAUCAGCGGCUUCGACAGCCACCACAAGAGCCAAUACCUCGGCGCCCGUUACGAGAGCUUCCGCGACGUCCCCGACCCCAGCGUCCGCGACUACCUCCGCGAUGUGACCAAGGCGCCCGUACAGGAAGCCUGGCUCACCCAAGUCAUGCACAACUUAGACCUCAGUGCUCUGGCCGACGUGCCCAUUAGCCACCUGAGCACCGGCCAGAUACGGCGGGUUCGCAUCGCACAGGCCGUGCUGUGCAAGCCCGAACUGCUUCUGCUGGAAUCGCCGUUCACGGGCUUGGACCCAAAUUCGAUUCAGUCCUUGUCUGAGAUGCUGCACAACAUCAGCGCAGCCGUCCAGCCGCGGCUGGUGCUGUCGUUGAGACCCAUGGACGUCAUCCCAGAUUGGAUCACCCACCUUGUCCUGAUAGGCACAAAACCCGAGGUCGCCGCUUUCGGCACACGGCGCCAUAUUUUUGAGUACAUUGGUGCCAUAUUUUGCAAAUCGGAGGGAUUCUUGUACGAGACCCGGGCCGCCUACGAGAAGAUGAGCAACCAACAGUGGUCCGGCGUGGAGAUUCCAGACAGCCUUGACAUCCUCACCCAGGCUGAAGAGGUCGACGAGCUCAUCGUUUUUCGUGAGAUAGGCCGUAAGCUUGAGAACAAGGGCGAUUUCGACAAGCUUGCUCCAAAGUCCGUGGAGAACACUCGCUCUGCCUUCCUGAACCGCGGAGCCAAGGUGCCCAAGACGGACAAGGAGUUGAUCAACACCCGCGACGGAUGGCCCAGACAUUCGCACGAGGUGGAUAUUCCAAUCGGAGAGCCGCUCAUGCAGAUGGAGGGUGUCAAAGUCGCGUACGGCGACAAGGUCGUGCUGGGAGACUGGCAGCAGCCGAAGAAAGACACGCCCGGCCUGUGGUGGGAAGUGCGUCGGGGCGAGCGCUGGGGCAUCCUUGGAUCGAACGGCUGCGGCAAGACGACCCUCGCUUCACUCAUCACGUCGGAUCACCCGCAGGCCUAUUCGGUGCCGAUGCGGCUCUUCGGGCGGCCACGAGUGCCCGAGGCCGGCGAGCUCGCUACACCCCUCUUCGAUAUCCGGGCGCGCAUUGGCCACGCGUCGCCCCACGUUCAUGAAAGCUUCCCGCGGCAUCUGUCGCUGCGGCAAGUGAUUGAGUCGGCAUGGGCGGACACGCCGCUGUCGAAGCCGCGGCUCGACUAUGCCAAGGAUCUGAGGGUGGACGCGGUGCUGCGGUGGUUCAGGGCGGAACUGCACCCGACGAUGGGCGAGACGCUGGACCAGCGGGCGGAGCACUUCCGGCCGCCGCGCGAGUCGCGCGAGUACCAUGAUGUUAGGCGGAAGUCGGCCAGGUUCGUGCGCAUAAUGGGGGAGGUGCUGCGGGAGGAAGAGAUCUCAUUGACGUCUCUGCUCGACUGGGCUGACGCGCUGUGCUUUGGCGACAUGAGCUUCAGCGCACAGCGGCUCGCGCUGUUUCUGCGGGCCAUAAUCCACGAACCGGACCUGCUGAUCCUGGACGAGGCUUUCGUGGGCAUGGAUGAUGUUACACGCGACAAGGCCAUGCUGUUUCUCAGCCACGGGCAGAACAUGGCCCUCCGCUACGUCAACGACCAUCGGCUAGUCAGCACGCCGGGGCCACGCCCGGCACGCUCGGACUUCGCGCGCCUGAACAUGGUGCGCGUGCAUGGGCUGCAGCCGCACCAGGCGCUGGUGUGCGUGGCACACGCGCGCGAGGACGUGCCCGGCUGCGUGAUGCAGUGGAUGCGGCUGCCGGACAAGGAGACGCGGGGCGGCAAGAAGAAGAAGAAGAAGGAGGAGGAAGGGGAGCAGGACGAGGAGAAAAAGCCGCAGCCGUACUUUGGCUUGCUCGAGGGCCCGCUGAAUGGCCAAUACCGCUGUUGGGGCGAGAUCUGGGGCGUGCGCGGCUAUCAGUCGGGUAGCACAGAUGUAGAUUCAGUGGCGGGACAGCUGAAUUUGAACAAGUCGCGACCGGGACGGCUGCGCCAUAUGGGUAAAGAGGGGGAAGAGGACAAUGACGGGGACGAAGGGAAGGAGAACGAGGAGGGCGAGGAAGAAGAUGAGCAGGAAGAAGACGAGCAGGAAAAAGAAGAAGAGGAGAUGGAGGAAGGCGAAGGCGAAGGCGAAGGCGAAGACAACGACUCCACCACCGUCACCGCCUCUGCAGACCAUGUUCGGCGCGGGCGCAUCCCGCAGGCCUUCCGGCCACAAGGCAGCCCGCUCGACCUGUACAACUGGAGCACAGCGCGGCUGAUAUUCGGGCUCGACGCAUCGCCACUGACACGGCGGAUCCAGCUGCGCAAGGCGGGCAUCCUGGCCGAGAAGGCGGCGGCGGCCGCGAACCCAGUGCCCGGGAUGCUGCCGCCCAAAAAAAAGGGCCGCCGCUCAAAGGCAGAGAUUCAAGCUCAGGAGGCCGCCGAGGCGGAACGCCGCGCUAAAGCGAAGGCGGGCAUUGUUGAUGAGGAGGAGGUGAAGCGCUUGCAGGCGGAGGAGGAACAUCAGCGCGUCGUUUAUGAGCAGAGGCUUGCGAGGCAGCGCGAGAAUAGUAAGAGGUUUAGGGAGAGGAAGGGCUUGCUUAUGAAGAAGAAGGCGAGUAAGGAUGAUGAGGAGGAGGAGUAGGGGGGUGGAGGGAGGUGUUGGCUAGGUAGAGAAUUGUAAUGGGGUGGUUGGGUUUGUGUGGCUGCUGCUACUGUUUAGGCGUGUUUUAGGAAAGGCCAGGGAAAGAAAAGAGAAGAGAAAUGAAAAGUAAAGAGGUUUAGUAAAUACUAGUAGUAGGUGGGGGUUGGGUUAGCGGCGGUGGGUGGCUGCAUCUGUACGAAGUAGGUAGGGUAGGUAGAGAACGUAGAUUUUACGCGUGCAUGACUGCUGUUCUUCUUGCGUCGCUGUGUCGGC